CCAGCGGAAAAUUUAACGGUACAAAGGUGCAUCCCAAAUAUCCUUUCCUCGAAAUUCUCUUCCAUGCCAAACAUUUUUCGUUGGAAUCAUCCAGGCGUUAUUUCUCCAUGUUUUUCAGGAUCCUACCAAUCGUCCCAACUAAUUAAUCAUCGGGAAAAUCAUAGGGAAACCCGACCAAACUCAGAUGACCGGAAGUGUAACAAUAUUUCGGAGCGGCACCAUACAGACGCCUCCAUUACAAAAUUUUUUUACUGAAAAGAACGACUUUACAUUACCAAAGAAACGAAAUUUACCAAUUACGACCGGCUUACGACAAUUGCGACGUGCAGCUCAUAACAUCACUGCAAACCAAAGUUUACCAUUCAGCUCGGAUGAAACGUCAGUUACUCCGGUAAAUAAAGGUACUUCUUUGGAUUACCCUUACCAGGAGAACUGAGUUGAUGCUUCAGCAUGGUUACCGUAAGAUGGCUCGCAAUGUCUUAAUCGUCUGGCACAUUGGGAAUGAAACAUAGGGAUUAGGGCAAAAGUCUUGCGUUGCAAUAAUUGAGCUCAAAAUCUACCAUGCAUGCAUAUUAACAUUAGCCUUGAUGAACCUCAGUUUUAAGUCACUCUGAUCACCAAAAAAACGCACCCUCCUCCCGUCUAUAGGAGAGGCUUUUUCAAUAAUGACAUUUCGUUUCGCUCCAGUGCGAAGGUUUCGUUACACAAUACCAUUACGCUGGUUUCCUUCUGUGGUUUCGAAACGCCUUUCGAGUGUUCAAAACAGUCGCGCAAUUAACAUGCCCUGCGUAAUGUUUCUAUUCAGAUGCAAAUUGCUAAAGAAUAAGUACAGUAGAUUCACGAUAUGACUUGACAAACAUUGAAAGGACCCACGCCACUCGAGGAAGUGAAUUUCAAAAUGGUGUCUGCUUACAGCGCUCGCGGUCUAGAUAGAGAUCAAACUGCGCAGAUUUUCCUCAUAUCCUUAUUUCUCUCAUCCCAAGCCUAUGCAAGUCUAUUAAUUGAACCCACUUUCAUAGGACAAAAGCUUCGGACAUUCGCGAAGGAGGCCCUCGGUGUUGACGAGAUGCAGACACCACUGUUGUGAAAUUUGCUCCAGAUGCCUUCGAAGACCCCUACACUUAUGUAGGAUCACACGAGACCAAUGUCACUGUUCUGUCACUUAGCAACUAUAUAAUGAAUCGCCCUGGUAGUGAGUCAAAUUUCAAACUGAGAACCGGUAUACGUGACUAUGUAACCGCUACUUGGAAACUGGAUGAUAUUUGGUUGCGCGGUAAAACAAACCUCACACAGUACGUGAUCUGGAGAUACAUAGGUACAGCUAAUGGUGUGUUCAGACAAACUCCAGGUAGAGCCCUGCCAAAAAGUUACGAUCCCAGAAAAAGACCAUGGUAUAACGCAGCCUUACUUCAUAACGGAUUACUCACUUUUACAACACCAUAUUUGGAUGUGGGAGGUGCUGGAGAGAUAAUAACUGCGGCCCGCGCGUUGUUUCACGGUGAAUCAAAUCACGUGUAUCGAGCUUAUGAUGAAGCCCUUGGUGUACUGGGGACGGAUUUUCCCNUUAUUUUGUUUCAGUAUUACCAUUUUAAUGUAAAUUCCUGA